AUGGCGGACCUCGCGAAGCGGCGCGCGGCGCACUUCGCGACGUUUGGCGGGGACGGCGAGGACGUGGACGCGGAGGGCGCUGCGGGAGGCAAUGUGCACACGGGGGGGGACACGGCGCGGAGCCUGGGGCCGUGGUCUUCGGCGCGGGAGCUUGUAGAAGCACGGCAGAGGGCGGCGGAGGAGCGAGGCGAGAGGAUCCUCGAGGAGAAGAGGCGGCUGCGCAUGGCCGCUGAGGCCGGGGACGUGCUCAAGUGGGAGCCCAAGCGGGACCCGAGGACCCCGCGGCAAACAGGCGACAUUCGGAGCCUCUUCUCGAUGUGCCUCGACAUCUGCGCCGGCUUCCUGGACUGUGUGGAGAGCCUGUACGGCAUCCCCGACCCGGUCAAGGUCAAGAUCGCUCGCGAGGCGGCGCGGCGGCGCAUGCUGUCGCCCAGCUCCCUGCCCCUGUUCACUGCGGGCGCGCCUGCGGAGGUCGUGCUGCCGAACUGCACGGAGAUCGACCCCGGGACGCUGAUCGCCGCUCUCCCGGACUGCCUCACGCCGCGCCUGCGGAGGCUCGAGCUCGGAUUCUGCGGCCGGCCGCUCACCGAUAGAGCUGCGUCUGUGUUCCUCUCCGCCGCCGGCCUCGAGGACGAGGACAAGGACGGCAAGGAGGACGAGGCCCGGCGCGCGGCCUGGAUGGACAACAUCGACGACCAGCCAGCCAAGAAAGACUCGGACGACGACGACGACGAGUCAGUAGACCCUGAUGAGCAACUGCUGCGAGAACAGGAGGCCGAGCGCCUCGCGGCCCUCCCGCCCCCCGGCACCUUCCCCUCGACCCCUACCCCGCUCGGCAUCGAGGCGAUCUGCCUCUCCGGCGCGUACAAGCUCACGGAAACGGGUUUGAAGCGCAUCCUCCGCGCGUGUCCGAAUUUGGUGGAGCUGCGCGCGACGGACUGCCCGCGGAUCACGGGCGAGAUCAUGCGCGCGCUCCCGAGCCUCGUGCCGCGGCUGCGCGUGCUCGAUGUCGCGGGCGCGGGCGGGAUCGAGAACGAGGCACUCGUUGAGUGCCUGCGCGGCCUGACGCACCUGAAGCACCUGGGGCUCUCGCGCGUGCCGUCCACGGAUGACUCUGCGCUGGCCGCGCUCGCGGAGGCCGCGCACGGACUGCAGUCGCUCGACAUCACGCGGUGCUCCGCGGUCACGGACACUGGCAUCGCCGCCCUCGCGAAGUCGUGUCCGGGCCUGCGCGCCCUCACGCUCGACUACGUACACCAGGUGUCGGACGAAGGCCUGGACGCCCUCGCACGCAGCUGCCGCCAGCUCACGAGCCUCUCCCUGGGCCGCUGCGCGCGCAUCACGGAGGUCGCGCUCGUCCGGUUCCUCAGCGAGGGCCCAGCGGGCAUCGAGCGCCUGUCGCUGAACCACGUUGGGCCCGCUGCGGGGCACGCGUGCGCGCAGGCGCUCGUGGCGCGGCACGCGCGGACGCUCAGGGAGCUGGACGUGUCGUGGUGCCGCGGCAUGGACGACGCGUGCCUCGGGACGAUCGCGGACGCGUGCGGGAAGCUGGAGCAUCUCAGGAUGUUUGGAUGCCCGCAGGUGACGCCGAGGAUGUUGAACGGGCACUCGAACGACGGCCUGCGGAUCACGGGCGUACAGGCUUGA